UAUAACUCUCCAGCAUUGGCUCACUCCAUGAACAGCACGUUACGUUAGGGUUCCCUACAAUGGCAUGCCGGCUUCUUUCUUCGCGGGGCUUUCCCGCUCGGCUCGCCCCGCUCCGGCCACUUUAUCGGCCUAAAGCAUACUCUCUCGCCUUCAGCACCUCUACCACGGACGGUGUCACGCAGUUACUCCAAAAGGUCCAAGUAACCACCAAGAUCUACCUGGAUUUUAUAAAAGCGCAGGGUCUUCCAGAACCCUUCUACCAGCACGGAGAUGGCCUCCAUCCCGCUCUCGCACUUCCUCCACAGGUACAGGAGGCGAAGGAGGGGGCGAUUGAGGCGACCUACGAGCUCCAUCACCUGCUUCUCGGUCCACUAGGGCUUCUAUUUAGCUGCCCUGGAGAGCAAUUGCUGCUUCUGAGCUUACAAUACAUCUACCGCUAUCAAAUCGCCACAUAUGUGCCUGUGGACGGCACCAUCACCUUCGAAGAGCUGUCCAUGGCAACGAACCUCAAUACCAAAGACCUCACCCGCUUCUUGCGUGUAGCCAUCAGCCGUCAUGUCUUUCAUGAGCCCACGAAAGGGGUUAUCGCACAUACCGCUGCAUCCAGGCUUCUCCUCAACAACCCCAUGGUCGAAGCCUGGCUUCAGAACAUUGCCCAGGAGUUCUGGCCCGCCUUUACACGUACUGUCGAGGCAACAGAAAAGUGGCCCGGAUCCGAAGAGCCGAAUGAAACCGGUUACGCACUCGCCCAUGGCACGAGCUCGCAUCCAUUCGACGAGAUCCGCAAAGACCCGCACCGUCACCAACAAUUCAUCACCGCCAUGCGGUUCUCCCACCUCCAUCCAGCUUACCAUCUCUCCCACCUUCUGAAUAACUACAACUUCGACCGCAGCAGCAGCAGCAGCAGCAGCAGCAGCAGCAGCAGCGCUACCACCACGAUCGUCGAUGUCGGCGGCUCCAACGGCGAAGUCAGUAUCGAGAUCGCCUCCCGAUACCCCCACGUCCACUGCAUUGUGCAAGACCUCCCCGACACCAUCGCCGGGUUAGCCACCAACGUCCCGUCCACACUCGCCGCGCGGGUAACAGGCAUGGCGCACGACUUCCUAACCCCCCAGCCCGUUCACGGGGCGGAUGUCUAUCUCCUGCGCUGGAUCCUACACGACUGGUCGGAUAAAUACGCCGUACAAAUUCUCCGGAACCUAACCCCGGCCUUGAAGAAAGGUGCUCGGGUAGUAGUCAAUGAUAUUUGCAUUCCCGAACCGGGUCAGUUAGGCCCCAAGGCGGAACGGGAUCUCCGAUACAUGGAUAUCUCCAUGAAGGCCUUCAACAAUGCCCGCGAACGAGACGUCGAGACAUGGGAGGGUCUAUUCGCUACAGCGGACCCCCGGUUUCGCUUCCGGGGUGUCACGGUGCCUCCUGGGGCACGAAUGGCGAUUAUUGAGGCGGAAUGGAUGGGGGAAGAAGUCUGCUAAAAACCGAGGGGGGGUCGGAAUGUGUUUGCUAGUAGUAGGGAACUAAAUCGUUGCGUAGUAUUGUUGCUUGGUUCCUUUUUGCUUCUUUUUUUCUUUCUUUUUUUUGUUCUUUUUUUUGUUCUUUUUGUAGCAUGUGGACAGUCUCAUUGUAUGGUGGUAUUGCACGGGGUUGAUGGGGACAAUUACAACUAUGUAUGGGAGAAAUGCCGUAUUUC